GUGGGGUGAGAGAGGGAAGGAGAGAAAGAGAGAGGGAGGGAAGGAGGAAGGAACAGAAAGUUUAUGUACAUAAAUCUUUUUUUUAAAAAAACGUAUUGCUGCACCUGGUAGCUGGCUUUACUGACACAGAUAGGAGAGGUCUGUUCAGUGCUUAAAUAGCUGAGAAACAAUGGGAUAGUGCAGGAAAGUUAACAAUUAACAAUCUCGGCUUAAAUUUUGUAACUGCAGGGAACUGAAAGCACAGCUGCCUCUCUCUUCAACAAAAUCAGGUCUCCUGGUUAAGGGAAGACUUCUUGUUAAUACCUUAGCUUCUGGAAAAUAAGCAGCUUCGAGCUGAAUGAGAAUCAUGCAGUUAUGGUUUUAACUCGCCUGCUCGUAUUUAAGUAUCUCUGCUCAUUUUAAAGAGAGAGGCUGAGAAAGGGGUAACGAGGCUUUUGAAAUGCGUUUUACUUUACUUUUUUUAAAUUAAGAGUGCGGGACAGAAAAGAAAGCUGAAGGCAGCCAGCUGAAGAGAAGUAGCAAAGAAGAUGGGUCUGCUAAGUGUGGAUUUGCUAAUCACACUUCAGAUCCUGCCGGUCUUUUUCUCCAAUUGCCUCUUCCUCGCGCUGUAUGACUCUGUGAUCCUCCUGAAGCAUAUGGUGCUAUUUCUGAGCCGGUCUAAGUCCGGGCGCGGUGAGUGGCGGAGGAUGCUGACCUCGGAGGGGCUGCGCUGCGUGUGGAACAGCUUCCUCCUGGACGCCUACAAGCAGGUCAAACUAGGAGGAGAAGCCCCAAACUCCAGUGUAAUCCACAUAGCCAAUGGCAGCAAUGGCAGCAAUAAGAAGAGUGUCGGUAGCAAGUGUGGAACCAAAUGCCACCUUCUGGAUUUUGCCAACUCUGAGCGGCCAUUGGUGGUCAACUUUGGUUCAGCUACCUGACCACCGUUCACAAGCCAGCUGUCGGCCUUCAGCAAGCUGGUGGAGGAGUUCUCUGGUGUGGCUGACUUUCUGUUGGUCUACAUUGAUGAGGCUCACCCGUCAGAUGGCUGGGCUGCUCCUGGAAUCUCUCCCUCUUCAUUUGAAGUUAAGAAACAUAGGAACCAGGAAGACCGAUGCGCAGCUGCUCAUCAGCUCUUAGAGCGCUUUUCUUUGCCGCCUCAGUGCCAAGUGGUGGCUGACUGUAUGGACAACAAUGCCAAUGUGGCCUAUGGCGUUUCAUUUGAGCGAGUAUGCAUUGUGCAGAGACAAAAAAUUGCCUACCUGGGAGGUAAAGGCCCCUUUUUCUACAAUCUGCAGGAGGUUCGGCUUUGGCUCGAACAAAACUUCAGCAAAAGAUGA